GUCCAUUCUCCGCAGCGGGGCGUCCAUCGGUGCCGGACACACAGAACAGAGCGAGAUCUGGUUGUUUCGGUUGCAUAUGGUAGCGUCGUUGGCGCGCUGACGUGCGUGUGUUGAGUGGCUGGGGCGUUGGUGCUGAGCUUGUGGUGUGUGCGAUGGGUUCCAACUGCAGCGUGUGUGGCGACGGGCCCAGGCAUGGCGAAGCGGCCUACAACGAAUACUCACCGGGAGUCGCACAAAACGCGGUCAGCGACCGAGUGCUGAAGCUGGUCUGUCUGUCCCUCUCUCUCUUCAUGUGUGUGUGCUUGUCAAUUGCCUUUGUGUGAGUCAGCAGGACCACUCAGCGGAGGAGGCCCCCUUCACAAACAAUGCGGUGAGUCAGUCAGUCAGUCAGGCUCUUCUUUCUGGGUGGGUGAUCUGUGCUCUUGCGUGUCGACCGGUGCAGGCCCUGAUGCCCCCCGGCCCGCCCGUCGCACCCACAGGCGUCGACGCAGGUCAGCCACAAGCCUCACCGACUUCCUGACCACCAACUUUCCCCACUCAUACAUAUUUGUUUGUGUGCCUCUUGGUUUCCAUCUCCCCUCUCUCGCUGCCCCCCUCUCUCUCUCUCUCUCUAACAUCUAUCUAUAGUAGCGCAGAACUCCUCUCCCCGAGGAUACGCCAACGGGCAGCUGUCAGCCCGUACCGAGGGCGGACAGAGCGGGGCCACUUCCACAACUGUCAACUACUUUGAAAGGUAGGUGCGUGACGGGUGUGUGCAUGUGCAUGAGCAUGUGUGUGUGUAUCGACCGGCGUGUGUGUGUAUGUGUGUGUCGAUAUGUAGGGAGUUGGAGGAGCUUCAGAAUUUGCCCGACGCCGGCAGCGGCAGAGUCGAGUCAAGACCACCCUACAAAUUCAACACCGGUGCGGUGGGUGGCCACCUCACUCAGCCAACGACGCUCCUUUCAAUAUCUACGUGUGUGUGUGUGUGUGUGUGUGUGUUGAUGUGUGUCAUGUAGGUGCGUCUUAUGAGGGCGAGUGGAAGGGCAACAAGCGCCACGGAUACGGCAAAAUGGAGUGGAGCGACGGGGCCGUCUACGAGGGGGAGUGGGUCGACAACCAGGCGCAAGGUCGGUCACCCAGCCGCACACACACACACACACAGAGGCAGACACGGAGACAUCCAUUUUCUGUAUGUGUGUGUGUGUGUGUUGUGGCAACCAGGCAAGGGUCGGUUUCUGCACUUUGACGGCGACAUCUACAUCGGCGAGUGGCAGGGCAACGUCGCAUACGGGUCAGUCAGUGAAAGAGUGAGUGAGACGAGCUCAGCACAGCGCAGCCCAGCAAGCACAGGCACAUGCAUGCCGUGGUUGUCCUGAUAUAUGUGAUGGUUGGUGCGGUGCAGCAAUGGCAUCUACUACCACAAGCAGACCACCACAUACGAAGGCCAGUGGGUCAACGACGUGCAGGUAGGUAUCUAUCUGGCGACCAACCCUCUCACAGAUGCGUGGCGUCUAAUGCGCACCGCAUCUGUGGUGGCAUGGCAUGGCAUGGCAUGAGGGGAUGUGAUGUGUGUGCAGGAGGGUUGUGGCGUUGAGACCUGGGGCGAGGGCAGCCGCUAUGAGGGUCAGUUUAAGAUGGGCAAGAAGGAGGGAUACGGCAUCUACUACUGGGCCGACGGAUCAAAGGUACGGACGGUGCCCACGCACACACACCACACACCACACACACACACUCACCGCCGGCCUGCCAUGCCACACCAUGACUGCAUCCCUUUGUAUGUCAGUACCACGGCGAGUGGCGCGCCAACAAGAUCAACGGCUACGGCAUGUAUGUCGGCAAAGACGGUAGGCAAACAAGACAACACAACACAACACCAAGCAGAGCAGACAACAGCGUCGUUUCCCCCUGUGUGGCCCAUGUGAUGUGCCUGUCACUUUGCACACAGGUCGAAAGUUCGACGGCCAGUGGCGCGGGAGCGUGAUGGACGGCAUGGGGGUCUACCUCUGGGCCGACGGACGGCGAUACGAAGGCCAAUACCAAACCGACAAAAAAGACGGGUGAGUGAGUGAGUGCAGCGACGAUCGACACGCAGAACAGCUGGCUGUCUUCACCUGUGUGUGUGUGUGUGUUGAUGCCUGCAGCUUUGGCGUGUUCAUUUGGGCGGACGGGAGGCGGUACGAGGGCUUCUGGAAGGACGGCAAGCAGGACGGACAAGUACGCCCACCAUCCCCUCCACAACAAAGACACACACACACUCAGACAUGGAAAGAUGCACACACCCCUCUCUCUGUAUCUCUCUCUCUCUCUCUCUGUCUCUCUCUCAGGGUCGCUACUACAUGAAGAACGGUUCGUCUCGUCUGGCCAGGUGGGCCGAGGGCCGGCGCAUCGAGUGGCUGGGCGACCAGGACCCGCCAGAGAAGGAGAGGCCAGGCGCACCGGCCCCUACAGCCACCGGAGGCACACCCACAUGAGUCAUGAGUGAAGCAUAGCAACCCGCCCCUGAGUGAGUG